AUGCUACUGAAGAUGAUGGGAUUACUGGCUAUCACUGGUGAAGGUCCCGGUCUAUCAGCACAAAGCAAUACAUGCACCAUUCCAGCUUUAUCACUGUUUGAACCUGACACCAUCAAAGCCCUUGCGUUUCAUUGUGAUCCUACUUUCAUUGUCAUUGUGCCAUUUGGCUCCUUUGUUAUUGAGCAACCUCCCGAUAUGCGGCUGCAACAUUGGAUCAAGUGGCAAAGUCUAUUACAGCCCGAGAGGUGA